AGGCGGGGAGUUGGAGGCCCCGGCCAGUCUGCCAGCCCGAGCGCGGAAUUUGUUAGCGCCUCCUAGUCCCGGGAUGUUUAUGGGCUGGUAAAAAUGGUUGCAUUGGCCCCCGUUGCCGGCCUCACCCGCUUCCCCCGACCCCUGCUUGGCGGGAGUCGCUGUUGGCCAGGGUUUUCCGGGGAGCCGGCGGGAGGCUGGACAGCGGCGCCGGGGAGGGGGCAGCUAGGGGUGCGGCCUCCCAGUGCCUGCUGCAGUCCAGCCCCGGAGGGCGUGGGGACCGGGAGGCGGUGAAAUAGCCGCUUUAGGUCCGCCUCUUUCAUUGAUGAAAUUAAAGUUCGCGUGGUUUUACCUUUUCCGGAGUCUCCAGCUGGCCCCCAUUUGUGUCAGGAGCGCAGUGUAGCCAAGAGUUCCCAAGCGGACUCAGUCGCACUAAGUUUCUGUCUUUUGGAACUGAAGAAGGUUUUAACUAGGUGUAUUUUUUUUUAGCCAGUUUUAAUCUCUUUGAAUAAAUACUCCCUUAAGUAGCUAAACAUAGGGGGGAAAGAAUACGUCUGUUGUCAAAGCAGGGGAGGAAGAGAGACCUGCCCUAUAGCGUGACUCCUAGAGACAUUUUUUUGAAAAAUUAUAAACCAAAGUGUUUUACUAAAAUCCUAAAAUGUCGAGAUUUGUACAAGAUCUUAGCAAAGCGAUGUCUCAAGAUGGCGCUUCUCAGUUCCAAGAAGUUAUUCGACAAGAGCUAGAAUUAUCUGUGAAGAAGGAACUAGAAAAAAUACUCACCACAGCGUCGUCACAUGAGUUUCAGCAUACAAAAAAGGACCUUGAUGGAUUUCGGAAUCUAUUUCAUAGAUUUUUGCAAGAAAAGGGGCCUUCUGUGGAUUGGGGGAAAAUCCAGAGACCUCCAGAGGAUUCGAUUCAACCCUAUGAAAAGAUAAAGGCCAGGGGGCUGCCUGAUAAUAUAUCUUCUGUGUUGAACAAGUUAGUGGUGGUGAAACUCAAUGGUGGUUUGGGAACCAGUAUGGGCUGCAAAGGCCCUAAAAGUCUGAUUGGUGUGAGGAAUGAGAAUACCUUUUUGGAUCUGACUGUUCAGCAAAUUGAACAUUUGAAUAAAACCUACAAUACAGAUGUUCCUCUUGUUUUAAUGAACUCUUUUAACACGGAUGAAGAUACCAAAAAAAUACUACAGAAGUACAAUCAUUGUCGUGUGAAAAUCUACACUUUUAAUCAAAGCAGGUACCCGAGGAUUAAUAAAGAAUCUUUACUUCCUAUAGCAAAGGAUGUAUCUUACUCAGGGGAAAAUACCGAAGCUUGGUACCCUCCAGGUCAUGGUGAUAUCUACGCCAGCUUCUACAACUCUGGUUUGCUUGAUACCUUUAUAGGAGAAGGCAAAGAGUAUAUUUUUGUGUCUAACAUAGAUAAUUUGGGUGCCACAGUGGAUCUUUAUAUUCUCAAUCAUCUAAUGAACCCACCUAAUGGAAAACGCUGUGAAUUUGUCAUGGAAGUCACAAAUAAAACGCGUGCAGAUGUAAAGGGUGGGACACUCACUCAAUAUGAAGGCAAACUGAGACUGGUGGAAAUCGCACAAGUGCCAAAAGCACAUGUUGAUGAAUUCAAGUCUGUAUCAAAAUUCAAAAUAUUUAACACAAACAACCUAUGGGUUUCUCUUGCAGCAGUUAAAAGGCUGCAAGAGCAGAAUGCCAUUGACAUGGAAAUCAUUGUGAAUCCAAAGACUUUGGAUGGAGGCUUGAAUGUCAUUCAGUUAGAAACCGCAGUAGGCGCUGCCAUUAAAAGCUUUGAGAAUUCUCUGGGUAUCAAUGUUCCGCGGAGCCGGUUUCUGCCGGUCAAGACCACCUCAGACCUCUUGCUCGUGAUGUCGAACCUCUACAGCCUUGAGGCGGGCUCUCUGACGAUGAGCGAAAAGCGGGAGUUUCCUACAGUGCCCUUGGUCAAGCUAGGCAGCUCUUUUACAAAGGUUCAAGAUUAUCUAAGAAGAUUUGAAAGUAUACCAGAUAUGCUUGAAUUGGAUCACCUCACAGUCUCAGGAGAUGUGACAUUUGGCAAGAAUGUUUCAUUAAAGGGAACGGUUAUCAUCAUUGCAAACCAUGGUGAUAGAAUUGACAUCCCACCUGGAGCAGUAUUAGAGAACAAGAUUGUAUCUGGAAACCUUCGCAUCUUGGACCACUGAAAUGAAAAGUAUUGUGGACACUUUAUGCUAGUUAUGGGCUAAAUCAUUUCCUACAAUGAAAUGUUCUCUAGGAUUCUAAAAUAGGCAGGUACUUUACUAUGUUACUGUACCCUGCAGGGCUGAGUUUUAAAGUAGGCUUUUCCACAGAUGCUUUUAGUCUAAGAAAAGCACAGGUGGAGCAAUACUUUCCUUCUUUGAAGAGAAUCCUGAAAGUUAGUUCAUCUUAAAGUGCAAUAUUGUUUAAUGUUAAAACUAGGGCAGCUUUGCUGGAAGAACUUUAAACAGAAGCCUCUCAAUGUUGGUCACUUUGAAUUGCUUGUGAUUUCAAAAAUAAAGCGGUGAAGCAAUA